AUGAUUGAUAAUGGAGUUUUAAUAAAACAGGGCGCUGAAGCGCGCAUCUAUAUCGCUCCUUUCUUAACGCGAAAAGCAAUAGUAAAGGAACGUUUUUCUAAAUCCUAUCGACACCCGAUUCUCGAUAAAAAAUUAACAGCACGUCGCGUUACUCAGGAAGCAAGAUGUUUAUAUAAAUGUCGACGUUCCGGCCUGGAUACACCUGUCGUGUAUUUUGUUGACACGGAGAAUAGUACGAUAUAUAUGGAGUAUGUGGAAGGGAAGACUGUUAAGGAUAUUUUGCAGGAGCAAAGUGACGAUGAUGAGGAGACAUCUAGAUUGAAAAAUGAGGAAAUAGCAAACAACAUUGGAAUAGCAUUAGCAAAUAUGCAUGCGGCAGAUGUAAUUCAUGGGGAUUUGACAACUUCGAAUCUUUUAUGUCGGGAUCUUACGGGAUCUUUGGUGGUGAUAGAUUUUGGGUUGAGUUAUGUGUCAAUAUUGCCAGAAGACAAAGCGGUUGAUUUGUAUGUACUUGAACGCACUUUUACGAGCACUCAUCCAAACUCGGAGACUAUGUUUGCACCGAUACUUGAAAUCUAUACAAAGAAAUACAAGGAUUCCGGUCCCGUGAUAAGUAAAUUAGAAGAAGUACGCUUAAGAGGUAGAAAACGAAGUAUGGUCGGCUAA